UCGCCAGAUUCAGGUUCUUCCCAGAUGACUGCGGUUCUGGCCUGCGUCUAGAUUUCCCAAUCGCACUCUUUCCUUUUCGUUCGCCGGCUGUUCUUACUCCAAUAUUUGUCUUUCCGUCUUCUCCGCCGUGCUGCUGUCGCGGGUGUCGCUCCUUCAUCCGACAUGGCCGCGGCGACGGCCCUGACUGAUCGCCACAUCGUUUCAACAAUUCUGCACCAUCUUUCGGACAUGAAAUACAAGGACCGGCGACAGUAUGGACCAGAUCAACCUGUAGAGUUCCUGGAGUUCCGGCCUACGCUAGUACCGUCGAUCCUUGUGAAUAAGCUCUUCGCGGACGAGGGAACUUCGAUCCUAUGGAAACGCUAUCCGCAUCUUCCCGCUUUGAGAAACAUGUCUCCGGAGCGGCGACAAUACUACGCCAACAAAGUACAGCGAGUCUUCUCAUUGAGCCCGCCGCCGGGCCAUCCGGAACCCCUGGAUUACCUGGACGGCUUAGGGUGGCCAAAUUUGAAGAGCUUGGAGCUGGAGGUCGAUUUCCAGAGACACGGGGCCAAGUUCGCGUCGAUGCUGCAUGCGGGGCUGGAGGAACUAGAAUUGUCAGGGUACCAAAGCGCAGACUCAAAGUACUUCUCGGAAACCGUGCUUCCGGCGCUCUUUAACCAGUGCAGAAAUCUCAAGAGCUUCCGCAUCGGCCCUGAUACUAUACCAGACGACGACCCGGUACAUGCCAACUCUCUAUUCGACCACCUAGAUGCGAUACCGACUAUCAGAAGUGUUGAAGUCAAAUCUACCAAUCUCCUUGACAAGGAUGACCUCUUCGUCCGUCUCAGCCAGCGCCCAGGCUUUGAAGCUCUCGAGAUUGACCUGGAUCCUGGAAUCUCUUUACUGCCGCUGCUAUCCGGGCUCAACGCGCUUCCGUCGCCAUUCUCUUCUUUGAAGCGUCUCUGGAUCAUGUGCUACCCAGAAGUUGCCACCGCUCUCCCUAGCCAUCUUCACCUCAUCGAGGAACUGCAGUUCGAUAUUGGCCGUAUACCGAAUCAGCCCGUGCAGAACUCAGAUUACACCAUAUUCGAAGAUCUGUUUGCGCAGCUGUCACAUUGCCAUGAGCUCCGUCUUCUCAAGAUCGGCGUUGGCCUGAUGGGGUUAGACUUCCCUUCCAACUCCGCGUGUCCUACCGUACCUGGGCCAGCUCUUGUCAAGCUUGCAGAGGCCUGCCCGAAGAUGGAAGAUAUCAACCUUCUCGCCGCGGAGCCAUCUGCGAUUGAUGCCUCUGGCAUCUCAGCCCAAGAGUUCGACGAAUUUUGCAGGGCCCUUCCGCAUCUGCGAAACCUCAAUCUGAAACUUCAUUCGGCUACAGCAACUGCGCUUGAAAUGACAGCUCUCCAAAGCUUAGGCACACAUUGUCCCGAGCUCGAAGUGCUCCGCCUUCGACUACCGUUUCAGCUUCCAAGCUUACCUGUACCUAAUAGAGUCCCGCAGAUUCUGAUCAAUGGAGAACUUACGCCCGGCCCUUCUACUCCCGCAUACGUUCCUCCGACUACACCAAGCUCUCAGCACUCCUCUGGCUCGAAUUCUUUAUCCGCCGCUUCUAGCUACCUGGAUGUCAGCCAAUCCUCCGCUUCAUCUUCCCGGACCCUUAUUUCUCCCCUUUUCCCUCGCCUCACGCACCUCGCCAUCUCCCGUCCUGAAACCGUACUCUCGACAGCAAGCGACACCUUCACCGUCUCCUCAUCUUCGCAAUCCGCCUCCGAAAUUGUCGAUCCCGAGCUCGAAGAAGACAUCGUACGCGCCUGGGCUCACCCUCUCCUCACACAUUUCCCAUGUCUCGAGAUUCUAGAAGCGUGGAGUGACUGCGCGGGCCAGGAUAACGAAUCGCUGAAUUACUUCUUGCCUACUGAAGAGAUACUGGCGUCUACGUGGGAGUUCUUGAGCGGGGUCGAGCAGGACCUUUGGGAGGAUGACGAGGAGCUGGAGGAGGACGAUAGCUGGCAUACAUUGCAGAGUGGCAGGAGGCAGAGUGGCGAGGACUGGGAUAAGGCGAGCCUUAUGAACGAAUAUGUGGUGGCGGAGCAGGGAAUGGGCAAUUUGUCGGUUUACGAGGAAGAACCCGAGGGCACGAUCACCCCUGGAAGGACUGUCGACCAGGAUGGGCUCUUCUGAUUGCCUGAGCUCCCAGUACAUUCGACGCGCUUCGCUCUCUGGGGAGAAGCGGCUACCACUUGCUCUUCAGGCCGUUCAUCCGGGCCCACGCUCCAUCCCAGCCCCGAUCAGUUUCGGUGCUGACAGGCAUCAAAAGCAUACACUCCGCUCUCCUAGAUCCUUUCGCACAUGCUAGAGCUCACUGGCGAGUGAUUUGGCUCGUAAUACACAACG